ACUAAAAAUGGCAAGUUUUGUGAAAUUAAAACAACCAACCAACACUUGGUGGCGCUCUUUCAAUAUGUCAGCCUCCUCAACCAACAUGAACAGUUCGUCUGCCACAGAUGAAGCUGGCAACAUCUUCAAGUUCAAGGAUGGCUACCUGAAGGUCACUCCUGAUAUAGUCCAUGACUAUCCGGCAAGCUUGCGAGACAGCGGGACUCCAAUUAUAAUCGAUAAUGGGUCUUGUUUCAGCCGAGUGGGCUGGGCUAGCGACCCCACCCCCAGGCUCGUCUUCCGAAACAUCAUCGCUCGUCAGCGCGGCAAGAAAGACUACGAGUCACAAAUCGGCAACGAUAUUCCCAACAUUGAAGCAGUACGCUGGCUGCUCAAGACGCAGUUUGACCGCAAUGUUCUGACUCAUUACGAUGCUCAGGAGCUAGUCUUUGAUCACAUCUUCAGCCGGCUGGGUCUGGACACUGAGGGCGCUGUCCAACAUCCACUAGUGCUGACGGAGACACUGUGUAACCCCAACUACUGCAGGCAAUUGAUGUCAGAGCUGCUCUUUGAGUGUUAUCACGUUCCCAAGGUUGCCUUUGGUGUUGACGGCCUCUUCAGUUUCUACAACAACUUUCCUGAUGCUGGAACAUCUGAUGGUCUAGUUCUGGCCUCCGGCUACCAGACUACCCACAUCCUUCCCAUACUGCAAGGCAAGCUAGACAGCACACAUUGUAAGCGCAUCAACAUCGGCGGUGCACACGCGGUGGCCUUAAUGCACAAGCUUCUGCAGCUCAAAUAUCCGGCUCACUUUGCUGCCGUCAAUUUGAGCAGAGCGGAGGAAUUGGUGAAUGAGCAUACCAACGUGUCGUUGGACUUCAACGAAGAGCUGGCUGAUUGGCGAUCAACGGCAUACUGUGAGCAACACAUGCAUCGCAUACAGCUUCCAUACACACCGCUGCCCGGCUGGUCGUCAGAUGACAAGAAACAAGACAGGAAACAGCAGCAGAUCAAACGGUUGCAGGAGAUCAACGCCAAGAGAAGAGAGGAACGGCUAGCCGCAGAGGAAGACAGGUUACAGCAGCUGAGGAGCGUUCAGGAGUUGCUGGAAGAUGAAGAUGACGAAGGAUACCAGACAGCUCUGAGGGAGCUUGGCUACUACUCGGGGGCGGAGCUUCAGUCCAUGAUUGACAAGCUGAUAGAAUCCAUUCAGAAGAUCAAGGACAAGAUACAAGGGGUGGAGUCUCAACCAACCAGCCAAUCACAGGCCGAUGCUUCUCAGACUGACCAAUCACAGAAGGAGGGAACUCAGAGAAAGAGCCCUGAUGCUGAUGCGAUGGACAGUGAUCUGGAUCUACUGCUGAGAGACGUGGACCCAGACUAUGACAGUAAGCAAACCAGCCCACAGCCUGCCGCAAGAAUGACCUUUGACCUAGCGGAGUACUAUCAGCUACAGCUUGGGGUAGAGCGGAUACGCGUUCCAGAGAUCAUAUUCCAACCAUCGAUAAUUGGUCACGAUCAGGCCGGAAUGGCCGAGACAUUGGAGCAUGUGCUGAGGGGGUACGAUAGCAAGACGCAGGAUAGAUUAGUACAGAGGGUUUUCUUGACUGGAGGUAAUAUGAUGUACCCAGGUAUGAAGCAGAGAAUUGAAGCAGAGCUGCUGGCCAUGAGACCCUUCCAGUCUCCAUUCCAAGUAUUCACGGCAGGAGAUCCGGUGUUAGACGCUUGGCACGGUGCCAAGCAGUGGUCCACCGAUGCCACGUCAGUUAAAGAUGGCUUUGUCACCAGAGAGGAAUAUCUGGAGAAAGGCGGGGAGUACAUCAAGGAACAUGUGGCAUCCAAUAGAUACAGACCUAAUCCCACAGUGGUCCGAUCAUGAUAGGACAAUAGACUCAUUUGCUCUGUGCAUGAUGCAGCGAGGGCGCUAUACACACACACCCCAAGUCAAGAUGAACCCUGAACAUUUCUGCACAGGAUUGGUGGGCUUCUAGGGACACACGCCACACGUGGGACCUGUGGAGACAGUUGUGAUUUUUUACCUCUAUUGGCCGUUAAGAAACUAUAGAGGGCGCAGUUUACCUGAGCACGAGCACUAUUAGUGUGGCACUGUGGAGCCAAGCAAUAAAUAAACUUGUUGCCAUUGUGUAGUUGUACUCUGGUUCUACAUAAUGCCUCACUGUAUUGUAGAUCAUUUUUUCUGCUCAAAGUUCAUUCAUGUCAACUUCAAUUCCAUUUUUUUGGCACAAACUUUAGGGUAACUGUAUUGAGGUAUAAAACAAACUCAACAAUCUACAAUAAGUCUUUUGUGGAUGCUAUUUUAUUUGAGUAUUUACAUAGCAACAAUGUGCAGGUAUUUUUUUCUGUUCCACCUUCAUUUUGAAAUAAAGACAUUUUAUUACAAAAAAUUGUGUGACUCAUUCUGACAAGUUUUUGAAAAUGGUACUUGUUACAGUGAACAUACAUAGUUAUAGAGAUCCUCGCUCAGACAACAUGCAAAGCAAAUUCAACAAAAUAUGGUCACUGCUUUCAAAUACAGAAAUCUACGAAUAAAACCCGGAAGUGUAUAAUUUGAGGUACAAGUGCGUGCUGUCAAUAGUACUUAGAUAUGUCCGAGCAAAAAAUGCAACCAAAUUGUUUUGUUCUUCACAAAUUAAUACUCUGCUCCAUUUAAUUAGAGACAAAUUGGAAAAUGCUUACAAAAAAAAAAAAAGCUGUCAUGAUAAUGUGUAUCCUAGGCUAUGUUUGGAUGAGGCAGUUUUAUUUUUACUUUUUACAAAUAUUG